CUCUCUCCCGUCAGGCCAAGAGCUUUAACUGUAUAUACCUCAAGGUCAUGAAGCUAUUAGCAACUAGAUCUAGCUGCUCUUUAAAAGUUGUCAUUUUAUUGAUCAUUUCACUUCAACAGUGCAAUGAAAUUGCUAGCAACCUUUCUUCCUAUGGAAACGAAUUUUAUUUGGCUUUCCCAAGAAGUGUCAAUGGAGCACAGAACCUCACACUAACGGUACACACGCUCAAGAGUACAUCAGUUCAAUACAGCAUCGAGUCACUCAAUCAAGACUUUAGCUAUUCCAGUACAACCACUGCAGGAGAUCCUGAUAUCGUUGCUAUACCACUGACUUAUGAAGUUCUUGAUCCUCACUAUAAUUAUCGAAGGCUAGGACUGCAUAUAGCAUCACUUGAGACUGAGCCUGUAUCGAUUGUUGUGAGGAGUGAAAACCAGUUUGGUUUCUUUUCAUUUCUGGGACUACCAUGCCACACUCAACCAACAAAUUCUUACGUAUAUUAUGCAGUUUCAUCUUAUGGUUUCAAUGAUUUCUUUGGCUAUGUUCUUCUUGUUGGAUGCAUGAAUAAUACCAAUGUCACUGUAAUACCAACUCAACAUGCUAAUUUUACAAUGUCAGCGAACCCGCAAUCAUCAAUCAGUGCAUCUAAGACAUACCGAGCAGGAGAAAGCAAUACAUUCGUUAUACAUGCAGGACAGACUAUAAAAAUAAUUCAAGCCUUUGCUGAUAUCUCCGGCAUAAAGAUAAUGUCAGAUGCUCCUCUCACUGUUAUAAGUGGACACAUUGCUGCUGAGGUUCCACUUGGAAUAAGGGAUGCUGAUCCAAUGGCAACACAAGUCACUCCAACCAUCACCUGGGGCAAGGAAUUCCUCUUAUCUCCUCAUCAUAAUAGGGAGAGUGGCCAGUUUUAUAAGAUCAUUGCUGACAGGAAUAGAACUAAUAUUCAAAGGAGAUGUGGGACAGGGCCUGCAGUUAACGCUACUCUUUUCUCUGGGCAGGUCUAUGAGUUCAAUACUUCUUCCACUUCUUACUGCAGUCUCAUAUCUAAUAAACCAAUAUAUGUGGCACAUGUUGGACCAAGUACUUUCUUUAAUGGAGCUUCUUAUGGUGACCCAACACUUAACACAGUUCCUCCAAUAAACCAGUACAUACACUCAAUAGAGUAUACAUCAUUUUUUGUUGCACUAAGUGGUGUGAGCUUGCUUAUGCCAAGAGAUCAAUACUUUACCAGUGGCCUGAUAUUAGAUAAUAAUCUCUACUCUAUUUCUUGGGACUCCAUCAUUUACUUUCCUAAUGGAACAGUUGCUGGAUACGGCUUUCAUGCUUCAACGUCUGGAACUCAUACCUUGACUCAUCUAAACACUUCAGGUGGGAUAUUUCUUUCAGUGUAUGGAUGGCUGACACACAAAGGCUUUGCAUUCUCAGGUGGCAUGGGUCUUAACCCAAUAAACCCACAAUUACCGCUUCCACUGGUCAGCUUUACUCGAGAGCUGUUUAUUGUUACGGAAGGAAAUGGUAAUGCUGUUAUCUACUUAAAUAGGAGUGUGAAUGAUGAAGAAGAAGUGUCGGUGAGAGUGAGUGUCACUCCUCAGCAAGUAAACACAGCAGAAGGUGGGGAUGACUACAUGCCAACCAGUGUAGUGGUCACAUUUAGAGAAGGAGAAACGCUACACAGUGUAGCGAUUGCUAUUAUUGAUGAUUCCUAUGCUGAGCCUACGGAGUAUUUCAGUGUAAGAUUAGAGGCUGUUGGACAAGAAGUAGCUGUCUUUCCAAUCACAGAAUGUGUAGUUGAAAUACGUGAUGAUGAUUAUAUACAGAUUGGCUUUAGUAACUCUUCACUGAUCAUUGAUAGUACUGAACUUCUUCUUGAUGUGUCAAAUUAUCAUGGAAUAUUGCAAUCAGGAGAAACUUCAACUGUUCAAUUGCAAGUUGAAGACUUAUCAGGCACAGUUUUAAACAUUACUCGCUUUGACUUCUAUAACUACAGUGGAAGAUAUGUCGCUGGUCUUAAUCUUUCUCAUCUUCCAUUCUCUCUCAUAUAUAAUGAGAACAAUGCCGUACUAAUGGGAAAACUUGCUAUCGAUAAAUCAAACAUUAAUGUAACAUUAGAGCCAUCUGUUGCUACAAUUAUCUACACUCAACAAAAAUCAACUAGCUCUAAUGCUCCAGGAACAACAACUCCUCUUAAUUGUGCAACGAGUGAGGUGUUUUUGACUUCGACUGUUUAUAUAACACCCACUCCAAACACUUUGCACUCAUCAUCAACGUGUCCUUCAAUCACAGUUAUAUCGACAGUUUACACAAGGCCCAUUACAACACUGUUUACGAGCUCUUGUGAGACAGUCACAAACAUUGCUUCAACUGUUUUUGUGGCUACAACACCUUUACCAUCCCUUUCGGUCAUAACAAUAACAAUUGAGAAAACUCCACUGUGUUCAGCCACACAAGCAACAACAACAACAAUGCAAUCUUCAUCAUUGAAUUCAAAUGUCAUCGUAGGAGGUGUAAUGGGCUACAUAAUAAUCUUCAUUCUUUGCAUUGUUGGUGGGGUUGGUGGGUUUUUCUGUGGAAGGAGUGUAGGAACAAGGCGACAGAGAAUGACAAUGGUGACAAAUGAUUUACCAGUCAUCACUAGCUACCCACUUGCUGCUCAGCCUCUUAGUAAUCCUAAUGAUUAUGAAGGGAGCAAGAAAGAUGGCACAAAAAACCAGUGCCUUCCAUUGCCAAUGCUUCCUUAUCACGUUAACAAUAAUGGUGAGGAGAUCUAUGAUGAUAUUUACAUGGAAAUGGAUAACAUUGAGGAAGAGAAGAAGGAGACGAAAAGCUCUGAAGAUGACUAAGGAAUCGAGUAAACAUGUUUACAAUUGAGCAGUUUCUUUAACAGUGUUAUUUUUCCUCCAGCAAAAACAAUUUUUUUAAAAUUACAAAACUGACUAAUUAAAGCUUAAACACACACUAUUAUUAUGCAGCAAUAACACGGACAUAGAUUAAAAAGUUAUUAUUAGUUUUAUACUAUAGCUUUCACACACACACACACACACACACAAUGUCUUUAUUAAAACUUGCUGUUUGUAUCAUUUCACUGCAUAAACUGCAGUAGUUUCUUUUCAUCCACA